AUGCCGGGGACCGCAAGCGGGCGCACGACGCCGACGCAGCGCUCCGUUGCGCGCCUGAGCCUGCUCCCGUCGUCGUCGUCGGGCCCGGUGUUUCCGCAACAGCAGCGCGACCCCGAGUGCGCGUGGCGCCCGGACAGGUGCGAGAUGAUCAGGCAGUAUACGCUGCAGAGCGCGGAGAGCGGGCUGGGGAAUGAUUAUUUGAAGCGGAAGAACGUGAUUAGGGUGCGGUUGGAGGGCGAGCAGUUUUUGUUGCAGGCGCAGGAUGUGCAGGCUGUGGUUGAGUGGAUCGAGGCGUUGCAUACGGGGACGAAUAUUGCGUUGGAUUUGGAUUCUAGAGUUAUGCCGAAGGGGCCGAUGUUCCCGAGACGUAGACGCCGCCGUGCGCGCCGUACCGCGACGCAGCAGCAUGUGGCGGCGCAGCCGGUCGUAAGCGGCAGUUCAAGCGGAUCGUCAUAG